AUGGGAGCUGCAGAAGAGAAAAAACAGUAUAAGAAAGGGCUGUGGACGGCGGAGGAGGACAGAGUUUUGCUAGAACACAUCAGGGUGCGUGGAGUAGGGCAGUGGAAUUGCAUUUCCAAGUUGACGGGUCUAAAGAGGUGUGGGAAGAGCUGCAGAUUAAGGUGGCUUAACUAUCUCAGCCCCAGUGUCAAACGAGGCUCUUUUUCAGAGGAAGAAGAAGACUUAAUUAUCAGGCUUCAUAAACUCCUUGGAAACAGAUGGUCUCUGAUUGCAGGGCGUGUGCCCGGUAGAACAGAUAACCAAGUCAAGAACCACUGGAACACUCAUCUCAGCAAGAAGCUUGGCCUCAGAAAGCAAUCAAAGUUAGCACAUCACGUGAAGUACUCCUCCUCUAAAUUACCAAAAAACGCUAAUAUUAAUACUACUAUUAAUUCAAAUGUUAAGUGUGAUUAUCAGCUUUCUAAUUACAAUAUUAGCGGCGUUGCCAAAACCAUGCAAGACCAAAAUAAGCCUAAACUGGAUAUUGCUAAUGAAGAAUCUUAUCAGGCGUCUUCUAGUGAAAAGCCACAAGAAUCGCCAUGCAACAACAAGAUCAACAGCCUGGAAUUGAGCCCUUUGAUGAUAUGCAGUGAUCUUUCUGAUAUUAUUUUAAGUAACCAGGGAUUUGUGGAAUUCUUGGAUGGGUACCCUGGUCUUUAUCACCAUAUGUGUCAAAGUUUCUAAAUUUUUCUUUUCUUGUUUCGGCUG